GUGUUUACUUUCCUCGCCUCCCUUGAAUUGGUAGAGGGGGACCAACAGCGAGAAAUAGAAGAGCGAAGGGAAGUGGAAAUAUCAGAGUAGAAGGACAACGGCAACUGGUCGUGGGACGGAGGAUUAUCAGAGUUAGCUUGUCUGGUAAAGGAAAGUGUUCAACCUUCAUCUUCACUGCAGCGGUCGAAGUUGAAGUAUCAUCAAGGUCAGUUCGCUGGCAAAGGUCCGCUUCGGUACUCGUCUUAAGAAACUAGGUGGCGUGGAGACCACAAACCGCCGGUGAGGAUGGAGCAGGCGUACGGAGCAGGAAAGGCUGGCGGAGCUUUUGACCCUUUGACGUUCUUUCAGCAGCCCCAAACAAUUGUCCGACUAGUAUGUUGGCUUUUCUCCGUAGUCAUUUUUGGCUGCAUUGCCAACGAGGGCUAUGUCAACCGACCGGACGAGAUCGAGGAAUACUGUAUCUUCAACCGCAACCAGAAUGCCUGUAACUACGGCGUUGGCAUGGGAACACUGACGUUCCUCUGCUGCUCAGGCUUCCUGGCGCUGGACGUCUACUUCCCCCAGAUCAGCAGUGUCAAGGACCGCAAGAAGGCCGUCCUGGCCGACAUCGGCGUCUCAGCAUUCUGGUCCUUCAUGUGGUUCGUUGGCUUCUGUUUACUGGCCAACCAGUGGCAGGUGUCUAAGGAGGAGGACAACCCACUGAAGGAGGGGGCUGAUGCAGCGCGGGCCUCCGUCACCUUCGCCUUCUUCUCCAUCUUCACCUGGGCUAUUCAGGCAUUCCUGGCUUUCAUGAAGUACAAACAGGGGGCCGACUCGACUCUCUUCAACCAGGAAUACGCCGACCCUAGUCAGGAUCCGAACGCAGCACCCCCUGCUGGCACGGAGUACACCGGCUACUCUGCUGACGUGGAGGCCCCGGCCGACGCGGGCUAUGACGGCUCGGGCGGCUACCAGAACCAAGACUACUGAGUGCAGCUGUGUUAUGUCAGGUCUAGGCCGGCAUGAUGCCGUCUGUAUUAUUGUGUAUCACUCAGUGUGGAAGAGUUGGGGGACCUCUGGGCUAGGUUAUCAGGGACUUUGUUGUGGCUGUGUUGCGAUGGUAGCUGUUGGGUGGGCUUGAGUUGUGUUGUCUCAGAGUGGCUAACAGUUAGCUACUGGGUGUGGGGAUCUGGGUAUGAAUAUAAUGUCAGGGCUUUAGGUGGUGUUUGAGAUCUUUGUGGUGAAUGAGAUCAAAUGGGCUGGUCAUGUUAUUAAAUUUGGAUUGAUGACCUAGCUUAUUUAUUUUUGUUGGCGGGUUGGAGACUUACUUACGUGUUUUCAGGAGUUUAUCUGUAUGUUGAUGAGCUUGAUAUUGGUCAGGAGUGAUUAGGCGAGUAGGCCUUGUGUUUUUCUGUACCAGCUUGCCUUUGACUUCAGGGGUGAAGGGGAUAAUGUUACAGUGUGCUGCUCACCUUUUUAAAGACACUUUGGUGAGCAGUUUCAAAGGGUGAAGAAUCACAGCCAAGAUUCCUUCGUGAAAUGUUACACACAAACACGCUCUUGCGAGAAUGCUUCAUUUUUACCCUAAGAUACUUGACCUUUGGUGUUUGUGUGCAGUAAAAUGAAUUACUGAUCGCCUGACUCUGUGUUUAACUGGUUCGUAACCAGGCCAGUUGAGCGCUACAGAGGACCACAGUGUCUUGGGUCUCCUACAGAACCAUAUAAAUGUGUGGAUUUCCUACCUAUUCACUAAUGGCUUCUUAUAUAAUCUACUGAGUCUUUAGCCAGUUACAGCUUUCAGACCUGCCCGAGCAUCAGAUGAUUAACCAUUUGCCUUCAAGCAAAAGGCGCAUCUCGUGAGCAUUUCCAACUCUCUUCCACCGUGGCUCUUUUGCUUGUCCCUCACACUUUACAAAGGCUCCCUUUACAAACACCAAAUGCUCCACCUUGAUCACUGGGAUAUGCUACGUGAUUUUCUUCUUGGUUUUUCGAAACACUUGGGAACUGUCAAGGUAGCACCCCGAUAACAUUUUCAGAGGCUUUUAAGGCCUGGAGAAAUUAUCACAGUGAUUUUUUAUGAUUAUUUUUUUCCUUUCAGCUUACACUGGUGAGAUUCGACACAAUUAACUUUAUACAGCCUAUAUCUCAGUGUCAGAUAUACAGCCAUGAAUAGUAGCCUAACCCAUUGAUGUCUUAGUCAAAACUGCUGCACCACUCAGAGGUCUAUACCUUUAACAAACUGGUUCAAAUAACGCCUUUCCUCUGCUCUGUCCACUCACUCUGUCAAGCUAGAGUCACCUAGGUAACAACAGCCAUAUUGUAGAUCAGAAGAGGAACAAUACAUUGUAAUGAGAGAUUUAAGGCACAGCAAUGCUGGAAUUCUAUUUAACCCAGUAAUCAAAAAGGCCUUUUGCGACAUUCCAUCACCAAAACCAAGCAUCCCUAUUAUAUUCAUAUUCUUAGGAUUUACAGCAUCAAACUUGUAUACCAGCAAAUCAUCUCCAGCCAACCCUUGUGAAUGCUUUUCUCCCUGUAUUUCUGUAAAAUGGAUAUCACAAUGCAUUUUAUUUUUUUAAAGCGCUUGUGUAUAAGUGCAAAAAUACCUUAAAUUAUACUCAUGUUUUUGUUGUUCAAAAAUGUCUAUAUAUUUUAAAUAUAUAUAAAUAUAAAUAUACAAACAUAUAGUGUAAAUGCACAAUAUUAUUUUGCAGCAGAAUAUAUGUUAAUUAUGAACUAUAUCUAACUAUAUCAGAAAGUGAAUUUUUAAAAAUGAAGACCAAUCACAUGUAAAAUAAAUGAACUAUGUGAAUUUAAACCCAUUGAUGGGAUAGUGUGUGUCUCAAUGUUGCUAUGUAUUUUAAUUGUAAUAGUGUUUAUGGCAAAUUAUCGCAUAAAGCAACUGGCCAAGGCAUGGAUCAGGCCAUGAAAUAGCAAAAAAGUCCACUGGAUUUGAGCUAAAUCAGAGUGAAAUCUAUUCCUUUGUCAGCUGGAUUUUCCAGCUGUGUGUACAAUGUGAUGUGUUUUCUGGAAUGGAAAACCUUUUGUUGUCUUCACUGGCUUUAUUGUUUUUUAAAGGAUACUUUGGAGCAGGAAAAAAAACAAGAGAAGUUAUUAGACUCUUUAGUGUUCAGACUGUGUGAUAUGUGUGUGCAACUGGAGUUGGGGAAAUACGUUGUCAAUGCUUUCGAUGUGAUGAAUGUUGAUUAAAUUAAUCAGUUAAACCACUUAAGGGUAAAUGUAUUUAUUCAUUUCUUGUAUGUUGCUUGUUUGAGACCUAAGAUAGAUGUAUCUGGAUUGUAUUGGAGGGUCAAUAAAAUGAGCUUAGUAUGUUUCACCCCCAGUCGCAUAUCUGUUCUCAUUUUGGUGUUCACUCAGAAGAACUAGCAUGAUAACAUUUAAUUUAGAACAGGUGAAAUAAGAACAGCAGCAACACAAUCAUCGUUUCAGUUAUUGUUCCAACUGCAUCUCAUGUUCUUUUACCAUAAAUAAUAAAAUGUAUA